AGUUGGUCGGCGUUUGGCCAUUAGGCAUCAUCUCCCCUGCAUAUUAUGUAUCAUCUAUCUAUUCUCUAUCUCUACGGGUUCUAAGGGAUUAUUCAAGUUAAAUCGUUAUUAAUUGUUAAACGUUUAACUAUUAACUGUUUAACGGACUAGACUACUGCCUGUCAUUCCUCAGCCUUGAUCUGCCGUCAUAUGACGUAUGACGCAUCAAAAGAAUUGAUUCAACUGAAUCGUGUAAUAUUAUUGCGCUAGGCUAGGCGUAUCCGCUUAGUGUAUAAGUGUAAUCCGCCAAAAAGCGUUGUAUAAGCUUUGUAAUAUCAGUUUCUGGAUUUACCGCCGCAAAUAACACAUAAUAAAAGAUGGCUGCUCCACCAAUCUACAAUCCCGUAAUACCAUGCGUGCACCCCAUCCCCGCUGGCAUGUACCCUGGCCGCAUGAUCAGGGUGCAAGGCAGCACUCCUCCUGGCGCACAGAGGUUCGCAAUCAACUUCCAAUGUGGUCCCAACACGGAUCCUCGCGAUGACAUCGCCCUCCAUCUCAACUUCCGAUUCGUGGAGAUGUGCGUGGUCCGUAACCAUCUCACAGCUAUGAACUGGGGAGUUGAAGAGACCAAUGGAGGCAUGCCGCUCAGCAGGGGAGACUCUUUCGAAGCUCUUAUUCUGUGUGAACCUCAGUCUCUGAAGGUCGCAGUGAACGGAGUCCAUUUCUGCGAGUUCCCCCACCGCAUCCCGUUCCAGAGGAUCUCCCAUCUCACCGUGGACGGUGACGUCAUGAUCCAGCUGAUCGCCUUCGAAGGUGCCCAGCCACCGCAGCAGAUGUACAUGUCUGGACCACCAGCUUACGGCGCGUACGGCGCUCCGCCCCCAGCGUACGGAGCCCCCGGCUACGGCGGAGCACCACAAGGUCAAGUUGGACCCCAAGGAGCAAUGUAUGGCGGUCAACCACAGCCACAGUUAGUUCAAGGCCAACAGCGGGGUGGUGUGGGCACGGGGGCAGCGGUGGGCAUGGGGGCCGCCGCCCUCGCCGCGGGGGGAAUAGCGGGGUACGCCAUGGGAGGUGGAUUCAGCAACGCUAGUCCUCCACCAGCGGUGGAGACGGCGUCAUUUUCAGAAUCCAUCGACUUUGGUGGAGACGACUGGAUGGAUUGAGGCAGAUAGCUGUAGUAGCAUUAGUUAGUACCAUUCUAGUGCCAGGGAGAAGUCAUUGGAUGAUUUCCCCCCCUCAAAAAAGGGCGCUAAUAUGGAACUAACAGUUUUCAGAGUAGGGCGACUGAGUGGCAGGUAGGUCGAAAUUUGAGUCUAAUAGCACUUACGCGGCGCAGUUUAUCUUACAAAUCUCUAUUCACAGAAACGGCUAAACCAAUUUUAGUGAAACUUGAUACAUACUUAUUCAACAACUAAAUAGAUAAUCGAUAACAUUUUCCAAAUAGUUUUUAAGCUUAUUACGAAACUGUCAUUUUUCCAAGGGCAGUAAUAAAAGUUCCGACACUACAAGAUGAUUUGUCCUUACUCAACAUAUUAAAUCUACUGCCUAAAAUACUAACUUUCCGACUAUUUUUAUCCGAAUAAAAAUGACGAAAAGACUGAAUGAGAUACUGAAAUAUUCGAGAAAUAAACAUGAGUGCUUACUGCUAUAAUACUCUUCUACCAGCGUAAAUUACGUUUUACUAAAAACUAUACUCUGUCUAACCUAAAACGUCUGUUGUCGGUAACUUAGUAAUAUUGUCGGAGGUUCAAUAUUCUAUUCGGAAGUUUAGUUUUGUUAUUCGAAGAUCCAUAAAGUCAGCCACAGAUCGCUGUAGAUUAAUUUGUUUUUCGGGACCAUUAUUAUCUCCCAUUUUUACAAACAACCCCAAAACCGUCACUAACUAAAAGUUACAUAGCGUGACCUAAAAUUACCCCUUACUUGUACAGUUAGGUGUCACUAUAGGUUGGUGAUAUCCAAAAUAUAGUCAUACGUGUACCUUAGCUUGCACCCGCAAGUUCAUUGAAAUUUAGGAGGGUUUAAUGAAAACUGAUCUUAAAGUCUCACUAAUCUUAUUUUUCUGAGACCUACCUAAACUUAGUCGCCCACAAACAGAAUUAAUAUCAGUAAUAAUUAUAUAAAAUACGAAUCGAUCGAGAUCGACGACAAUCGAGCGUCAUCGACAGCAAUCGAUCGGCAUCGACAACACUCGAUUGUUAUCGACAGCAAUCGAUCGACAUCGACAACACUCGAAUGUCAUCGACAGCAAUCGAUCGAUUGGUCUGGUAAAAACGAUCAAUUGACGUCGAAUUUUCGAAAAUUUCUACUGUCGAUCUAUGGCAUCAAUCGACGAUCGAUUGAUUGGGUUGGUGACGCCCUUAAAUUUACUGUUUAGCUUGAAUCUGCCUAUAUGUAUGUAUAUAUGUCUCGAAUUUUAUCUCGAAAUCACUAAAUGUCGCCUUAAAUACUUAGAUUUAAUGAAUAAACUUUAUUGUUAUUUGAUAAGAAGGCAAACGAGCAGACGUAUCACCUGAUGGUAAGCAAU